UCGUUGGCACUCAGCCCUCCAUUUCCAUCAGCUCUACAGAAGAUCAGCAGACCAGAUUGGAGUGCAGCUCUGAGAAGUGGAGCUCUCGACCUGAAGUCACCUGGAGAGACAUGAACGGCAUAGAUGUGACCUCACAGUCCAAUUUAACAGUACAACGGAAUGAUGAGGGUCUCCUCAGGGUGAGCAGUGUCAUCCCCAUCAAGUGGGAGUUCAAUGUAUUCUCCUGUCUGAUGAGAAGUAACACAACCAGACCGGCUUAUCUGUCCAAAGUUGGGGUCUAUGUUUUCUCUCCAAACGUCUCUGGCUGGUCGGUGGUUUUCUGGUUAUCGAUGGCUCUUUGUGUCACAGCGACUGUGCUGCUCAUAUUGAAAUGGCGAAGAAUGAGAGAUAAAAAAUCAACAUACAAGACCAAAGAUAAUACACAACGCCACCGGCUGGUUGAGGAGAUUCUUCAGUCUGAGCUAAAUAAGUCUUUGAUCAAGCAGUGUGCUGUGGGAUGUCAUAAUCGAUUUUUCAUUUGCUGUGUUAUCCCAUCGGGUGUUACUCCAGAUCUUCUACUUCUUCAUCUUCUUUUGGCUGCUGCCAUUUAGGGGUCACCACUGAGGAUCAUCCUUCUCCAUCUAUCUCUGUCUUUUUCACCAUUUUCUGCCACACCAACUGCCUUCAUGUCCUCCCUCGCCACAUCCAUAAACCUCCUCUUUGGCCUUCCUCUU